AAUUACAAAACAUUCUUCUUGCGCUACAACUUAUCGCGACAUCAGAGUUUCCUUCAGCCAUUAUGAUGGAAGAGGUUCAUGAACUUGACAAAAUGAACAAUGGACGUGAUCAUAUACCGGUUGUACAACUGAAGAAAACUAUUGGUCUUGCAAGCAGUAUAACGAUCAUAGUUGGUUCUAUGAUUGGAUCUGGAAUAUUCGUUAGUCCAACCGGAAUUAUGGAGAAUGUUCGUAGUAUUGGAGCAAGUCUAAUUAUAUGGGUUGCUUGUGGACUUUUCAGCAUGUUGGGAGCAUACUGUUAUGCUGAACUAGGAACCAUGAUUCAUCGAUCUGGAGGAGAUUAUAUAUACGUUUACGAGGCUUUUGGCCCAUUUCUUGGUUUUCUUCGACUAUGGUCAGAAGUAGUUGUUGCUAGACCUGCAUCUGUUGCAAUAAUGUCCAUGACAUUUGCAAAAUAUAUUGCACAACCAAUUUUCCCUGACUGUGAUCAACCUGAAGUUGCAGUGCGUCUUUUGGCGGCAGUGUGUAUUAUUUUAUUAAGUUUUAUCAAUGCCUUCUCUGUACGAAUGUCUACAUUUGUUCAAGAUAUAUUUACUUAUGCAAAAGUAGCCGCUUUAAUUAUGAUCAUUAUUACUGGAUUUGUACAAAUUGGUUUUGGCAAAGUCGAUGGUCUUGUUGGCGCAUUUGAUAAUUCUGACUGGAGUCCAGGUGCAAUAACUAAAGCAUUUUAUGUUGGAUUAUUUGCAUAUUCUGGUUGGAAUUACUUAAACUGUAUGAUUGAAGAAAUGAAUAAUCCUCGCCGUGAUUUACCAUUGGCUAUAAUUAUUUCUUGUCUUCUCGUAACAUUCAUAUACACCAUGGCUAAUGUAGCCUAUGUGACAGUAGUCUCACCUUAUGAAAUACUUACUACACCAGCUGUAGCCAUUACAUUUUCUGUAAGAAUUUAUGGAGUAAUGUGGUGGAUUAUGCCUAUAUUUGUAGCAUUAUCUACAUUUGGUGGUGUCAAUGGUACAGUAAUGACAACAUCACGUAUGUUUUUUGUUGCAAGUCAAGUGAAUCAAAUGCCUAAAUUAUUAUGCUUUUUACAUAUGGAUAGAAUGACACCAAUUUCAGCUGUUGUAUUUACAUGCAUAACAUCAUUAUGUUAUCUACUUGUUGGUGAUAUUUAUUCAUUAAUAACAUAUCUUGGCUUUGUACAAUGGCUUGCAAUUGGUUCAUGUGUAUUCAUUGUAAUUGUAUUUCGAAUAACUAGACGACAUCAUCCACGUCCUGUGAAAGCACCAAUUUUAUUUGCAAUCAUUUAUGUUCUCAUAACUUUAUUCUUGGUGAUAUUUGCAUUUGUUGCUGCCCCAACUGAAUCAUUGCUCGGUGUAGCCAUCAUUUGUACUGGGAUACCAGUUUAUAUAAUUGGUUGUGUAUGGAAGAAUAAACCGAAAUCAUUUCAAAGAAAAUUUGAAUCAUUUACUGUUGGAGUACAAAAAUUAUUUAAAGUUGUACCGUCGAAUUAAUUGGUGAACUGAAUUCAUUUAUUGAUGUUUCUAUUUUUGUUUUCGUAUCCAUUACUACUAAUACAAUCAGUUUUAUCCAUGUUAGUAGUGUCACGACUAACAGAAAAAAAAGGUUGUGGUAGUAGUAAUAGUAGCAUGGUAUCAUUCCGUUAAAGCGAACUUUUUCUACAAGAGUUAUAGUAGUAGCAAUAGAAUAAGUAGUAUAAUUCAAAUUGUAGUGAACCAAUAGAUCAUAUAGCACCAUCAUCAUCAUCAUUGUUGUCAAGAUAUGUGUAUGUAUGUUCAGAAUUUUAACUUUUUUUAUACCCUUUCUGAUGUUUUCUCAUUGUUAUUACAUCACGUUUUAACGAUUCAUAGAUGAUGAUGAAUAGGAAUUGAAUUAUCUCCCUCCUUCCCCCCCCCUCCCUCUCUCUUUCCAUAUAUAUAGACCUCUUACUCCUAUUCUAAAUCACAAAAUGUUUCCACUUUCCUUGAUUACAUUUCUCUUUUUUUCAUUGAACAUAUGGUUACUUUAACAUAUACAAUCAGCAUAACCUUCUCAUAUUAUUUUGGUUUUAUAUACCCUGUGUUUCAUUCCUUUUUUUCUUUAAAAAAAAGUAUCUAGGAUCC